AUGAUUUUCCAUCAACUUUUAACAUUCCUUUUCUUAUCUCAAGUUAUUCUUGCCAUUCCUUUGCCAUUACUAGUUACAAGAUGGCACACAGCCCCUGCAGUUACAACUACUCAAACUUACACUACUGCUGUCACCACCGUAUACUUGCCUCCUGUUCAAAUCUUAAUCUCCAACGGUGUCACCUUCACCAACACUUUAACUGCUGAACAAUGGCAAACUACUCCAUUAACUACUACUUCUAUCUACAGUGAUCCUGUUACUCAAGAAACUGAAGCCCCAGCACCAGUUCCUACUACUUCUGUACCAGUGGUAAAAGCUGUCGAUCCUGCUAGUGUGUCAACUCCAUUAGCCAUCCCAACAACUACUGCUAUUACUCCAAACACUCUCUCCACGACUGAUAUUCCAACUCAGCAAACUACCGAAGAUCAAUCUUCACCAGAAGCAACUUCCGAAUUUGAGCUGACCGCCCAAACUAGUUCAACUAUCCAAACAUCUUCUACUCUGCAAUCCAAUUCUAACUCUGAAGAAACUCCCUACAAUCCAGGUUCUGAUAUUUCGAACAUUCCUGCUCCACAAUAUAUUGUCUACUCACCUUACACUAACGAUGGAGGAUGUAAGCUAGCUGAUACCAUCAACUCUGAUUUGGAAUUGAUCAACAGCAAGGGAAUUAAGAAAAUUAGAGUUUACGGUACUGACUGUGCAACUCUCUCUGCCGUUUUACCAAAAGCAGCUGAAUUGGGUUUCAAAGUCAAUCAAGGAUUCUGGUUCUCUAAUGCAGGUGCCGACUCGAUUGACGGAUCUGUCAGUGAUUUGAUUGACUACGCUAGUGAAAACGGUUGGGGUGUUUUUGAUUUCAUCACCAUUGGAAAUGAAGCCAUUAACGACAAUUACCUUACAGUCUCUGAAUUGAUCUCAAAGAUCAGCAGUGUUAAGUCCCAAUUGCAGGCUGCCGGUUACAAUGGUAGAGUCACCACAUCUGAACCACCAGUGUCUUUCAUCAACAAUCCAAGCUUGUGUACUGCUUCUGAUAUUGACUUGGUAGGUAUCAACCCUCAUUCUUAUUUCAAUGGCGCUAUUACUGCUUCCCAGGCUGGAAGCUUUAUUAUGGCUCAAAAGAAAUUGGUUGAAGCCGCCUGUGGCUCUAAGGAAGUUUUGAUCACUGAAACUGGUUACCCUUCUAAGGGUAGUGUCAAUGGUUUGAAUGUUCCAAGUCCUGACAAUCAGAAGAUUGCCGUCCAAUCCAUCAUCGAAGAAACUGGUGGUGAUUGCACGAUCUUGACUACAUUCGACGAUUUCUGGAAACCUUCAGGAUCUUAUGGAAUUGAGCAAUAUUUCGGUUCUAUCGAUUUAUUCGCUUAG